AUGGAGGCACCGGAGCUCCCGGAGCCCGACGGGCUCUUCCCGAGCCCCGCCUCGCUCCCGGUGCCGGUUCUGGGCUUCCAGACCUUGACGCUCCCGGAGGACGAUGGCAGCGGAGCCGAGGAGCUGCUGGGGCUGACGGUGAACCCCGACAUCGCCUGCGGCCUCGGCACCAGCCCGGAGCCCCCCCGGCCAGACGGGGCCCCCCCGGUGCUGCUGGAGGUGGUCUGUGACCUCAGCACCCCCCUGUGCCCCUCGCUGCUACCCGGCAUCGAGCUGGCCCCGAGCCCCGAGCCCCUGCCCGCGACCCCCCAGUUCACCCUCAGGCCCUCCCAGUUCACCCCCAGGCCCCCCAGUUCACCCCAGCCCCCCCAGUCCAUCCCUGUCGCGCAGCUCCGGCUCACGGAGGAGGAGCAGCGGCUGCUGGCGCAGGAGGGGGUGACCCUGCCCGCGGACCUGCCCCUCACCCAGGCCCAGGAGCGGCUCCUGAAGAAGGUGCGGAGGAAGAUCCGGAACAAGCAGUCGGCGCAGGACAGCCGGCGGAGGAAGAAGGAAUACCUGGACGGGCUGGAGAGCAGGGCGGCCGCGUGCUCGGCGCUGAACCAGGAGCUGCGGAAAAAGGUGCAGGAGCUGGAGAAGAGCAACGGGUCUCUCCUGCGGCAGCUCCAGGCCCUCAUCAAGGAAACGUCCACCAAGCCCGCCCAGACCGGCACCUGUGUCCUGAUCCUGUUCCUGUCGCUGGGGCUGAUCCUGCUCCCCAGCUCCAGCCCGUUCCGCCGCGGCGGCAGCCGGGACGGCCUCGGACCCACCGGAGUGAUCUCCAGGAGCAUCCUGAGGCACCGGGAGCCGGGAGCCGCCGGAGGAGCCGCGCUGCCGGCGUGGAUGGCGGGGCCGGGACCCGGUGCGGCGGACGGAGCCGGGGCGGGGCCGGGGGACGGAAUUCCCGCCCCGCACAGGGAUCCAGGGACCAACUCCUCCCGCCGGGACGCGGGGACGCGGGGACACGGGGACGAGAUGUGA